AUGGGGCUGGACGACGUUGAGAAAAAAGGUGCCCAGUCACCCCAUAUCUUCGAUAGAGACGAUCCCGCUCCCGCAAUGGGUCAAUUCACCACCAUCUCGCCGGAUACCGUCGUGGCACCAACUCGCAAAGAAGCUCUGAGUGUCGCAUUCAGUCUCUCCACUUUCGCAGUUGCCGUACCCUACGCCUGCUCCUUUGGCUCAGAGCUGGCUAUCAAUUCCAUCCUCGGCACAUACUAUGAAAAGAACUUCCCCCACAUGGGACAGACAAAGACCGGGCAAUGGGCUGCCAUGUUUGGCCUGCUGAAUGUAGUGUGUCGCCCGGUGGGAGGGCUUCUGGGAGAUUUCCUCUACCGAUCAACGGGAAGCUUGUGGUCCAAGAAGCUACUGUUGACCUCACUCGGUCUGUUGAUGGGCGCGUUUGAACUGGCGAUUGGUUUCACGGACCCCAAGCAGGAGGCCACCAUGUUUGGUCUUAUUGGUGGACUUGCUCUGUUCCUCGAGGCUUGCAACGGUGCCAAUUUUGCUCUGGUGCCUCAUGUGCAUCCCUACGCAAACGGUAUCGUAUCCGGCAUUGUGGGCGGCUUUGGAAACCUUGGCGGAAUCAUCUUUGCCAUUGUCUUCAGAUAUCAUGGAUCCGACUACGGAAAGUCGCUUUGGAUCAUCGGUGCCAUUUCUCUGGCGGCGAACUUGGCUCUCAGUUGGGUUCGUCCGGUCCCAAAGACUCCAGUAAUUGCCUCGUCGUGA